AUGGUUUCGGCGUGGUUCUUGACCAAGGUCUUAGUGGCUUUUGCGCCACUUACGACGAUUGUAUACGCGCAAUACAAUACCACGACGGAACUUCCUCUACUGCUCGAUGCUACAGCAGAUGAGUUGACCGCUGGCCUUGAGGCUGGUGUCUUUACAAGUUUGGAUCUAGUUCAGGCUUAUGUUGGUCGCAUCAUCGAAGUCAACAAGACCCUGCACAUGGUAUUGGAGAUCAACCCAGAUGCUUGGACUAUCGCGAAAGAGUUGGACGAGGAGCGCUCUUGCGGCAAGCUUCGAGGUCCUCUCCAUGGCCUCCCAAUUCUCAUCAAAGACAACAUCGCUACUGCCGAUGAGAUGAACAAUACAGCCGGAUCUUGGUCACUGAUGGGCGCUAAGGUCCCACGCGAUUCUACAAUGGCCGCGAAACUCAGGGAAGCUGGUGCAAUCAUUCUCGGCAAGACUAAUCUCUCUCAAUGGGCCAACUACCGCUCUUCGAACUCUUCGAACGGAUGGUCUGCUAGAGGUGGUCAGACGUAUGGAGCUUACUAUCCUGGCCAAGAUCCCAGUGGGAGCAGUAGUGGUAGUGGUGUCGCUGCUAGUCUUGGUCUAGCUUUUGGAACACUCGGCUCCGAGACUGACGGGUCUAUCAUCUCUCCUAGCGAGCUCAACAACGUGGUUGGUAUCAAGCCCACUGUCGGCCUUACCAGUCGAGCUCUUGUCAUUCCGAUCUCCGAGCACCAGGAUACCGUUGGACCAAUGGCCCGCACGGUGAAGGAUGCUGCGUAUAUCCUCCAGGCUAUCGCUGGACCUGACAGCUAUGAUAACUACACAUUAGCUAUUCCGUGGGCAGGAAACACCACCAACGCUACGAAGCCUGACUAUGUCGCUGCGUGCACUCUGGAUGCUUUGGAAGGGAAGCGCAUCGGUGUACCGCGCAACGCUAUUGGUACGGCGGAUCCCUCGUCAGCACCAUUGUAUGCUGCUUUCGAGGCCGCUUUGGACGUCCUUCGCUCUGCCGGUGCGAUCAUCGUUGACAACACCAACUACACUGCUUGGGACCAAUAUCUCGAGUCUAAUGCUGAAGGCAUUGUUCUCGAUGGCGACUUCGCACCCAACCUAGAGCACUACCUCUCACAGCUCACAUACAACCCAAACGACGUUCAAACUCUAGAAGACGUCCGUAACUUUACCCAGAACUUCCCCGCCGAAGAUUACCCAGACAGAGACACAGCGGACUUCGACAGCUCAAUCGCUCAGUCCCAGAACUUCUCUAACACCGACAUCGAGUUCUGGAACGCCUAUCAAAAAGAUCUGUACCUUGGCGGCGAAGGUGGUCUCCUCGGCGCACUCUCAUCAUACAACCUCGACGCUGUCGUCGUUCCCUCGGCCUAUGCAUCUGGUAUCUCCGCCAUCAUCGGUGGACCUGUCGUUACUAUCCCGCUCGGUGCGCUGCCGCCUAAUACGACGGUUGUCACAAACCGACGGGGUGAUUUGAAUGCCACAGCACCGAAUAUUCCAUUCGGCAUUUCCUUUGCAGGUGCGCUGUGGAGCGAAGAGAGUUUGAUUGGAUUCGCGUAUGCCUUUGAGCAAAGGACUAUGGUGCGGACGAAGGUCAAGCCGUAUAUCCAGCCGGGUAUUGAGAUUGAGAAUGUGGUCGGAAGCUAUUAG